AUGUUUGAUAUGAGCACUAUGGAAAAGCGCCGAAGCGUUUGCUCUACCUUGUCUUCAACCAUGGGCAUGGAUGACAGCUCGUGGGGUGAGAUCAGCGUCGAGAGUGUCUUGACAGAUCACCGUCCCGUAAAAGACAAGUCCAGCCGAACGAUCAAAACCAUCUCUUCGUCCUCCUUGGGUUCCCUGGCUGGACAUGAGUCGGCUGAGAUUGAUUUUGACGAUCUCGUACAAAGUAUUCCAUCGAGCUGUCUGAACGAUGACACCCGGUUGACUUAUAGCCAACAAGAACUGAGCAUGGACGAUGAUGUGAGCAGGAGUUCUUGGGGAGAACUGGACCUGGAUGAUCUGGAAGAAUCCGCCGUGAACUUUACUCGUCGUCGUUCUACCACCAACAUCAAAAAGCAACAACGCACCAAGCCACGCAGCUACGGAAAGCCCAUGGAUGAUGACAUCUCUGGCCUGACUUGUGGUGGUCCCAGUGGCCGAAGAGUGGCUCGGCGAGACUUGGAAGACAGCGGCAGUGAACUGGCUGUUUGCCUAAAGAGUCUUUACAUGGAUUACUGCGACAACAUCAGCAACAAGGCUACAAGUUACAGUCAAUUGCCAGAACUCAAGAGACAUCAAACUUGCUAA